AUGAAGCCCAAGGAGUUCACAGGAACAGACCCAGAUGCAGACCCUCAGAAUUUUAUCGAUGAGUUGCAGAAGAUUUUUAGGGUCAUGCAAGCUACAGACAGGGAAGCAGUGGAGUUUGGUACCUUCCAACUCAAGGAUGUAGCUCACUUAUGGUAUAAGUCAUGGGAGAUGUCCCAUGGUGAGGAUGCUUCUCACGCUACUUGGGAGGAGCUCGAGAUCGCCUUCAUUGACCAUUUUCUGCCAGAGAAAACUAGAGAGGCUAAAGCCUGGGAAUUUGAGUAUUUGAGACAGGAUGGCGUGAGUGUGACCGAAUAUUAUGUCAAGUUCUCAUCACUGGCCAGGUAUGCUCCUCACAUGGUCAAAGACAUGAGAGCCCGAGUCCGGCGCUUUGUGUUGGGACUCAAUCCAGAGCUUUACGAUCUGGCAAAAAUAGUGGCCCAGAACAAAGACAUGGCCAUCACUAAGAUGUUGACUUUUGUGAAAGAGAGCGGAGAUGAUCUGAAAAUAGCAGAAGCGAGACAGAAAGAACAAGACAGAGAGUUUGCAAAACCAGCCAAGUCCACAGGCCAUUUCAGUCAGGAAGGUGGUGGCAGACCAUUUCAGAAAGGUAAAUCAGCAAGACCUGCCCAAUCUGUAGCCAGUGCCCCAGUCCCGAAAUUCAGGAAUGAUCAGAAAAAUAGGAAUUAUGGAGCAACAGGCUCCCAAUCUCAGUCCAGCGUGGGUAACAAGGGUUUUCAACACCCCGUCUGUAGUAAGUGA